AUGGUAGACAACGCUUCCUCUAAUGAUGUUGCCAAUGGUGAAAGAUUGAAAGAAAAACAUGAGUCCAUUGCUGCAAUUACAAAUGUUGUGAGAUAUGUUAGGUCUUCCCCUUCUAGGCUUAUAACGUUUAAGAAAUGUAUGAAAGAGGAAGGGAUCGAAUGCAAGGGACUUCUCUGUUUAGAUGUCCAAACAAGGUGGAACUCGACAUUCCUCAUGCUUAAUUGUGCACUCAAAUUUCGAAAGGCAUUUGAAAGAAUGGAAGGUAAUGGAAAUUAUUCGAAAUAUUUUAAUGAGGCUGACAAAGAUGGGAAGCCAAAGGAGGGACCACCAUCUGAAAAACAUUGGCAAGAUGCGUUAGUUUUUUUGAAUGACCUAACUCUUGAUGAUGAGGAGGAUGAGUUGUUGCAUUGCAUGGCAAAGAAUAUGAAGCAUAAAUAUGACAAGUAUUGGGGAAAGCUUGAUGAAUGUAAUGAGGCACUUCUGAUUGCCUUGGUUCUUGACCCCAGAUACAAGCUUGAUUAUCUCCAUCAUUGCUUUGGUGAUAUUCAUGAUGAUGUAACGUGCACUAUGAUGUCUCAAUCUAUUGUUUCUGGUUCGUCCUCAUAUGUCAUGUCUGCUCAGCCUACCACCAGUAGUACCAGUAACAAGAGUAAGAGGUCACAUAACUUGCAUGAUGAGUAUGUGGCGCGAAAAAUGGAGAAGGAGGGUGGUAAAACAAAAAAUAAGGUUGAUAAGUACUUGGAAGAGGCAGUUGAGCUACCAAGUCAGAAUUUUGAUGUUUUGGGAUGGUGGGCGAGUAGUGGAUGCAAAUACAAGAUUUUUUCGAUCAUGGCUCGUGAUGUGUUAGCUAUACCAGUUACCACAGUUGCUUCUGAAGCGGCAUUUUCAACUGGGGGUCGAAUUUUGGAUCCUUUUAGGAGUUCACUGAGCCCAAGGAUGGUUGAAGCAUUAAUUUGUCUCAAGAAUUGGUGGAGUGAUUCACAUCAACCUAUCAUCGUUCGAGACUACAUAGAUGAAGCAGAAGUGCUUCAAACCUCUGAUGAUCUUGAGUCAGAUAUGAUGACCGAUGCUAGCGUUUCCUCUGUUCAUGCUCCAUUUUCAGUUUCAGCCUCAUCGUCUGCACAACAAUCCGGGAAUUGA